AUGUUACGUCGUCGUCUCUCCUCACUGGCCGCCAAGCCCGCCUGGGUGCGUCCAGGCUCGUACGACUACCUGCGCGGAGUGCUUGAGAGCCGUGUUUAUGAUGUGGCUAUUCAGACGCCAUUGCAGCUUGCACCGGCGCUAACACAGUCACUACCGGGCAAUUGCCGUCUCUUUCUCAAGCGUGAGGACAUGCAACCAACGUUCUCGUUCAGUGUACGUGGGGCUUACAACAAGAUCGCCAGUUUGACGCCAGCUCAGCGGGAGAAGGGCAUUGUGGCUUGUGCGGCUGGCAACCAUCUCGAAGGCGUGGCCUACGCUGCUGCUAAGCUGGGCAUUGACGCAGUCGUCAUUGCGCCGGUUGGGACGGCGCAAAACGUGUCUUACUCUACGAAGACUCAGAUUACAAUCGUAGAGCAUGGCGCGGACUUCGAGGCAUCACUGCAAGAAGCGUUCCGAGUCGCGCAUAGUGAGGGCCGAUCACUGGUCCACCCGUUCGACGAUCCGCUUGUGAUCGCUGGCAACGGCACGAUUGCCAUGGAGAUAUUGAAAGAGACGGCUGGGGAUCGCCCGACAGCAAUUUUUGCUCCGGUCGGGGGUGGUGGCUUGAUCGCCGGUCUUGCCGUGUACGUGAAGGAGGUCGCCCCUGAUGUCAAAAUUAUAGGUGUAGAAGCUGAAGGUGCCAAUAUCCUAGCACAGUCGCUGCAGCAGGGAUCGCCUGCAACUCUCAUGAGCGUGAACCGGUUCACAGAAGAAGUGGGCAUCAAAAAGAUUGGCACGGAAAACUAUCGAUUGUGCAAGGAUCUGGUAGAUGAGGUAAUAACCGUGUCUACUGACGAGAUAUGCUCGGCGAUCAAGGAUGUGUUUGGCGACACGCGCUCGCUCAUGGAGCCCACCGGUGCAAUCAGCGUCGCCGGAGCCAAGAAAUACGCCCGAGUGAAGAACGCACACAACGAAAAGUAUGUGGCUGUGCUAGCUGCUGCGAACAUGGACUUUGACCGGUUACGCUUCGUUUCGGAACGCUCAGAUGACCGUGAACGCUUCAUGGCGGUCAAGAUUCCCGAAAAGAUUGGCAGUUUCCAGGACCUUUACAACGUCGUCUUCCCCCACAAUGUGACCGAGUUCUCAUACCGUAUGAAUUCGGAAGGAGACAACGAGGCGCGCAUCUGCAUGAGCAUCCAGACCAAGACACAGGACGAGUUUAUUGGCGUCGUCAAGAUGAUCAACAAGCGUAACGACAUGCAUGCAAUUGACUUGGCCUCGAAUGAGCUAGCCAAGUCACACUUGCGCCACCUCGCCGGUGGCCGUCCAGAAAACAUCACAAACGAACGUCUGUUUCGACUCGAGUUCCCAGAGCGUCCCGGUGCACUGAAGGACUUUCUCGAUACUCUCGGUCAAUCUGCGCGUCAGUGGAAUGUGAGUCUAUUCCACUACCGCAACCACGGCGCCGAUAUUGGCCGUGUGCUAGUCGGAUUCCAGGUACCACCAAAAGAAAGUGCAGCGUUCCUUGCGUUCCUUGGCCAAGUGGGGUUCCGCUGUGAAGAGGAGACGCAUAACCCGGCGUCGAGCUAUUUUCUGCGCUAG